AUGUACGGCCCAGCAAUGGCAGAAGCAGGGAUCAUGCGGGAAGGUGGCGUGGCACUGCCGUUGGGCGGCCACGAAGCCCAAGGAGCCGCUUCCAGUGAGGUCGUGCUCAGAGGUGGCGCCGCCCUCGGGUUGGUGGUGGUCCUCUACGUGGCACUGUGUUACAGCGUGAGGGUGCAUGGACGGGCGGUGCAGGUCUCAACCUGCGUGUUCAUUACAUCUCUGGUGUCCACGCAGUUGCUCGUGAAGGCGUUGAGCUCUCCGAAGUUCGGCUUCAAUUUCCCUGCCUGGCUAGCUUCAGCCCACUUCUUGACCGUCUGGCUAUGCUGCUGGGCCUACUAUGCUUGGCUCGGGGACUGGGGCAAGCUGCUGCCAGGAUCUGUCGGCUCCUCCAAGCGUUACAGAAAUUUCGUGUUGCCGAUUGCUACCAGCCUUCCGCUCUCAGUGAUAUUCAACAAUACCGCGCUCGUGUACCUGGGCGCUGGACUGGUCGCCAUCGUCAGCACCCUGUCACCAGUCUCCACGGCGCUGCUCUCACGCCUGAUGGGCCGGACGAUCGCGAGCAAGGCUUGGUGUGGCGUGUUGGUUGCUUUCGGUGGUGCCCUGAUGAUCGCGUGGGGCAAGUUGGAGGGCCACCUUGCGACCACGGGCGUUGUCUCUGGGCUGAUGUUCGGGCUGGGCGCGGUUUUCUUCCGGUCCGUGAAGGUGGUGUUGCAGGACAUGUUGCUCACCCCUGCCGCGUACGCGUGCGGCGCGGCAGAGAGGAAGUCCCUCGUGACGAGUGUUGCCGAGGAGCCCAUCGGGCCGAUGCACGCGUGGUCCCUCCAGUGUCCCCCGGCCAUCCUCGUCUCGGUGCUCUACGCCUGCUGCACGGAGAGCGUCGGCGAGCUCUGGGCGAGCCUCUCCCCCGCCGUCGUCGCGAUGGUCCUCUGCUCGUGUGCGAGCGCCGCGGCCCUCAACAUUCUGGGGAUGUGCACGAUCAAGUCCCUGGGCGGGAGCUCCAUGCAGAUGGUGGGAAAGUUGAACGUGAUCGUAGUGGUCGCCUUCUCCGUCGCCGUCCUGCAGGAGACGAUACCAGGCAAGGUGAUACUGGGCACCUGCUUCGUCGUACUUGGCGUUGCGAUGUUCGAGUAUUUUCAGCACCCCGACAAGGCCGUUUCUCAAGCCCCACUCGGGACAGCGCAGGAGACGGCGUAG